AAAUUCAAAAUCAAUAUGGCCGUCAUUCACCGGUUGGCUGUUGUCUGUUUUGAUAAAAAUUGUUGAAAAAAUCAGAUUUUACUUACACAAAAACGUUGUUUGUGGUUGUAUAAAUAUUUGUAGGGUCAGUUCUAUCAUAACUUUACAAUGGAAGCAUUAAUUCCAGUUAUAAAUAAGUUGCAAGACGUUUUUAACACCGUCGGAGCUGAUGCCAUCCAAUUACCUCAAAUAAUAGUUUUAGGAACCCAGAGCUCUGGCAAGAGUUCAGUGAUUGAGAGCCUUGUGGGCCGCUCAUUCCUUCCUCGUGGCACUGGUAUUGUCACUCGGAGACCCCUUGUGUUGCAGCUGGUGUAUGCACCUAAAGACAGCAAAGAACAUCGCUCAGCUGAAGAAGGCACAGUGAACUUGGAGGAAUGGGGCAAGUUCCUGCACACAAAGGACAAGGUGUACACGAACUUCGAUGAGAUCCGCGUGGAGAUCGAGCGCGAGACGGACCGCAUGGCCGGCAGCAACAAGGGCAUCUGCCCCGAGCCCAUUAACUUGAAGAUAUUCUCCACGAAGGUGGUCAGUCUGACGCUGGUGGACCUGCCUGGGAUCACCAAGGUGCCAAUCGGUGAUCAGCCAGAAGACAUAGAAAGUCAGAUCCGCAACCUUAUCUACAAAUAUGUGGCCAACCCCAACUCCAUAAUCCUGGCGUUGACUGCGGCCAACACUGACAUGGCCACGAGUGAAGCGCUGAAGAUGGCCAAAGAUGUGGACCCUGACGGCCGGAGGACCCUAGCUGUGGUCACCAAACUCGAUCUCAUGGAUGCAGGAACCGAUGCCAUAGAUAUCCUAUGCGGUCGUGUGAUCCCCGUAAAACUAGGCAUUAUUGGAGUAGUCAACAGAUCUCAACAGGACAUCAUAGACAACAAAACUAUUACUGAUGCAUUAAAAGACGAGGCGACGUAUCUUCAAAGAAAAUACCCUACCAUCGCAUCACGAAACGGCACUCCGUACUUAGCCAAAACACUCAACAGACUGCUCAUGCACCACAUCAGGGAUUGCUUACCUGAACUUAAGGUGCGCGUAAACGUAAUGAUCUCCCAAUUCCAAGGCCUGCUCAACUCUUACGGCGAAGACGUGUCGGACAAGUCUCAGACUCUCCUCCAAAUCAUCACAAAGUUCGCCAGCGCCUACUGUUCCACCAUCGAGGGGACCGCCAGGAACAUUGAGACGACUGAGCUGUGUGGCGGCGCCAGGAUCUGCUAUAUAUUCCACGAGACGUUUGGACGGACGCUGGAUUCUAUACAUCCGUUAGUUGGUCUGACCCGCAUGGACAUCCUCACGGCUAUCCGCAACGCGACGGGUCCGCGGCCCGCUCUGUUCGUGCCGGAGGUGUCGUUCGAACUGCUGGUGAAGCGACAGAUCCGGCGCCUGGAGGACCCCUCGCUUCGAUGUGUUGAGUUGGUGCACGAGGAAAUGCAGCGAAUCGUGCAACACUGCGGCACGGAGGUGCAGCAGGAGAUGCUGCGCUUCCCGCGCCUGCACCAGCGCAUCGUGGACGUGGUCACGCAGCUACUGCGCACGCGCCUGCCCGCCACCAACUCCAUGGUAGAGAACCUGGUAGCAAUCGAGCUGGCAUACAUCAACACCAAGCACCCUGACUUCCACCGUGAGGCAGCUUUAGUCUCCGGGCUACUCAAGAGCACGGACGGUCUGGUCGAGGAGCACAGCCCGGCCUACAGACAGAAGACCCCGAGGAACAACCCCUCACCGGUAGCCACUCUGUUCAAACAUGUGCCCGCCAUUACCGACGGCCAAGAGAACCGCACGCCGUCGCAAACCAACAGCGACUCACCUACCACGCCGCAGAUGAACGGCACCCCCGACAGCAAGCAGGUGUUAACCCCACAGAAGCCGGUGAACCUGCUGCCCGAGGUGCCGAGCCAGACCUCGCGCAAGCUGUCUGACCGCGAGCAGCACGACUGUGACGUCAUCGGUGGACGGAGCGACGCGUGUGACGGUCACAAGCCGUUCUCGGCAGAUGGCGUUGGCGUCAGUCUGAACCAAAUGGGUGAUCUAGUGGAGCGGCUGAUCAAGUCGUACUUCUACAUCGUGCGCAAGUCCAUCCAGGACUCAGUUCCCAAAGCCGUGAUGCAUUUCCUCGUGAACUUCGUACAAGACAACUUGCAGUCGGAGCUGGUGACUCACUUGUACAAAUCUGAUCACGCGGAGACGCUGCUCAAUGAGUCUGAACACAUCGCUCAGAGGAGGAAGGAGGCUGCUGAUAUGUUGAAGGCAUUACAACGCGCCGGACAGAUAAUCGGCGAGAUCCGAGAGACGCACAUGUGGUGAGGAGCGCCGCAAGAUAACUAGUCUGUGAAUUAGUGAAUACUGGGCCCGGCCCGCUGCUCUGUACAUACUCUUAGUGUAGGUAAAUUAUGUGCAUUAGCCUUUUAAUUUCGUCCCAAACGCUCACGCUUUCAGACCACAUCUGCAGCUCUCUUCUUAAUAAUUAAGCAUUUUAGUUAGUCCUGAUUCUCAGUUGGUAAAGGAGAAACGUUUAAACCAAAAACAGAGUCAAAGCAGAUGUUUUUAUGAAAGCGAAUGCGUUUUCCUGCGGUAAAUUAUGUACACAUAAGUUUUUUUUAUGCUUGGGCGCAAUUUAGUUUUCAUUGAUCAUGUCAUUCCAAAGAUUCGAGAGUUAAAAGUUGUAGCCCUUUUGGUGCUUAAAACAUUUUGGUUUGAUGAGCUUUUACCCGGUUAUGAUAUUAGUGAUAUUGUUUGAUUCGCAUAUGAUUUUAUAGACAUAUGUACUUGUCUUAUCACUUUAUAUGAUGCAGUUUAAUGUUACCAUAUUCUUUACAUCGUCACUUUAGGUCAUUCGUUGAUGUUGCACAUAAGAUAGUGUUAGCUUUCAUUAUAAUUACUUAUUGUACUUGUAACCAGUGAUAUUACUGUAUAGUGGCUGUAUUAUAUUAGUGACUUUCAUUCAGCUUAGGUUCUUUUCAUGUUUUUUUUAUUUGUCAUGAAUUUAAGACAAAUGUCUCGACUUGUUGAACGUUUGUAGUGCAUGAAAUUGUCAUAUUUCAUUGUUUACUUUUAAAAGACAGGGUUAGUUAAAUGGUUUUGUAUAAUUAUGUAUUUAAAAUUGAGUCGAUUGAAGUUUUAGAUUGUAGAUUUUUGAAUUCACUCGUUAAAGUAAUUCCUCUUUCACAUUAUGAAUUUAUUGUUUAGCUUUCGCAUGUUGUGUCAUACAAUCACGUUUUCGAGUCAUCUGUGUCAUGUCCCCAGCAGUUAGUGAUUUAUUUAUUUUACAUCAAGUUAGUGGAUAUCAAUUGAAACGGUAUGAUACUUUUUAUGAUAUUCUUAACCCGUGUGGAUCGCUUGUUAGAGCAAUACCAAUUGAAUGUUACACAAUGUAAGAUGGUAUUUAAAAAGUCUGUUAUAUUAAAAUAGAAUUAUUGUCAUUUAA